AUGGCUCUAUUAAGUAUGCUGUUGCAGUUAAUUAAUCAUUUCUGUUCAUAUUCCACUAGCGGUGAAUUGAAGAUGAACACCUACUUCCAACAUGGCGCUUGGAAAUAUAUGUUUUUAAACAUAUAUUAUAAUGAAGAAGUAUAUAUACUCUUUGGUUCAGGUUGCCUUUUAUUAUGCUAUGAUGUAGAUGAGUUGGGAACCUCUUUGUCAAAGAAAUGCUCCUCAUUUCAUACUAUUAGGCAGUUCUCUUCUCCUUUUAAUCAAGUUGUUAUGGCUCUAUUAAGUAUGCUGUUGCAGUUAAGUGUGUUGCGUCUAGCCUGGGUCUUAAAUUGCGGUGAAAUGAAGAUGAACACCUACUUCCAACAUGGCGCUUGGAAAUAUAUGUUUUUAAACAUGUAUUAUAAUGAAGAAGUAUAUAUAUACUCUUUGGUUCCGGAUGAGUUGGGAACCUCUUUGUCAAAGAAAUGCUCCUCAUUUCAUACUAUUAGGCAGUUCUCUUCUCCUUUUAAUCAAGUUGUUAUGGCUCUAUUAAGUUGCCUUUUAUUAUGCUAUGAUGUAGAUGAGUUGGGAACCUCUUUGUCAAAGAAAUGCUCCUCAUUUCAUACUAUUAGGCAGUUCUCUUCUCCUUUUAAUCAAGUUGUUAUGGCUCUAUUAAGUAUGCUGUUGCAGUUAAAUAUACUCUUUGGUUCAGGUUGCCUUUUAUUAUGCUAUGAUGUAGAUGAGUUGGGAACCUCUUUGUCAAAGAAAUGCUCCUCAUUUCAUACUAUUAGGCAGUUCUCUUCUCCUUUUAAUCAAGUUGUUAUGGCUCUAUUAAUCAUUUUAGUAUAUCUAAUCAUUUUUUCUGUAAAGUGUGAUAAUGUUGAAAACUGA